AUGCACCUCCUUUCCACCUUUACUCUAGUUUCCGUUAUAUUUGCCCAUCUGAUAUGGUGUGACAGCAGAUUCAUCCGUCCCGCAGAGUUGGACAAGAACCAAGACGCCGACUCAGAACCAGCCAACAACAUACGUUACAUUCACGGUGAUACAAUCAACAUCCUUUGGGAAACAGAUCUAGACAUAAUCAGUCUCCAGAUUUGGCAGCAAGUUGGUGACCAGUACAUUUACAGUCCAAUUCUCAAGAUUUCCAAGUCGACAAGCUUGUCGUGGACUUUUGAAUACAACUUUGGCGGCCUAUCAAAGAACAAUGAAGACUCGAUUUACAGCUUCGUGCUAUACGAGCAUGGCAUUAAAGGCGCGCUAGCAACUUCUCAAAACUUAAAUGUUAGCGCUCCAAAGCCUGACGAAACCAAAUAUGUCACCAUCGCGACGACUUUGACUUACCGAGACAUAUCAUCCACGACUGGACCCUUGACCGAGUCCGGAUUAAAAUCCUCCACGGCACCCACGACAACCAACAUAUCUUCGAGCGAGGAAACAAAAUCGAGCACAACUGCCACAGCCAACCCCGGGUUAUCUCAAGGGGCCACUGCAGGCAUAGCCAUCGGCGCAUUACUUGGAGGACUCUUCAUCUUUGGGGGGUUCGGAUAUUUGAUUUGGAAGAGGUUUAUCACGAAAAGGGACGGACGCGAUAGUGCAAACGGUAUUGAAUGCCAGCCAGAACAAUGUGUAUACUCUAUGGAACAAAAGGCUGAGCUGCCAGGCGACUCACGGAACCCUUAUGACCACCCCAUCAGAACCGUUCCGGGAUUACACGAAGCACCUUAG